UGCAAUACCAAUACAAUUCCAUAUACUUUUUGUACAGUUCAUAUAUAUUAGUGUUCCCCCGCUACAUCUUUUUGCUCACUCUUAGCACUUGGCAACAAGCAAAUUAGAUACAAAGAGUUUCUCCUAGAAAUGAAUAGAGGAGCAGGCAUUUUUCUGUGCCUCUUGCUUGUGAUCAUGGAUAUCACAGCUGGGAUUCUUGGCAUUGAAGCUGAAAUUGCACAAAACAAGGUUAAGCACUUGAGAUUAUGGAUAUUUGAGUGUAAAGACCCAAGCCAUAAGGCCUUCAUGCUGGGGUUGGCUGCAGCAGUGCUUUUGGCAUUAGCCCAUGUUAUAGUCAACUUGCUAGGUGGCUUCAAUUGCCUUUGUUCUCAACAAGGGCUUGAUAAGGCUUCUCCAAAUAGACAAUUCUCAAUGGCUUCUCUCAUUUUAACAUGGAUUGUGUUGGCUGUUGGAUUGAGCAUGCUGGUGAUAGGGACUUCGUCAAACAACAAGGGAAGGGGUUCUUGCGGUUUCACUCACCAUCACUUUCUGUCCAUUGGUGGAAUCUUGUGUUUUGUUCAUGCCGUGUUCAGUGUUGUGUAUUACGUUUCUGCCACUGCCUCUUAAUUAGCGAUUAAGAUAACUAGACUGGAGGCCACUUCUGCUUGCUUUAUUAAUAUUGUUUUUUUCUUUUGGCUUUUCUAAAUGUCUUGCUUUACCAAAUGUGUACUUAGGAUUAAACAUACAAAACAAAUGUAACAGUUUUUAUUCACCAACUAAUUAUCCUCGCCACUGAUGCACUGACAUGUGUCUGUCUGACUAUAACAAUUCUAAUUUAAGUUUUAUUCACUUUAUUGCUCCGUAGCUAUAUUGGAUUUGCUUCACAGUGGCCAAGGAAAAAUUUCGUUUCCAUGGA